CUGAAACUGAAGCUAAUUUCUCCAUCGUUUGGGCUACCACAUAAUUUAAAAAUAGCAGCCAUUUGUCAAACUCAAUGCAGCCAUACCCGAAGUAAUUCAAGAAUCUGCUCUUGACGGAAGCUAAGAAGAAGGCUUGGCAAUAUUAUUGUUGCUAUUUGGCUCGAGUAUCAUGGGCUUGCUUGAGCAUAUAUGAUGGGAGCUGCUUAAUAGAUUUUGAGUUCUAAAGCGACAAAUUUAGGUGAAGAUAAAGAGGAAACCAUGACAGAAACUGUUGUGGCCCUUGUCGUCAACGAGUUGGUUCAAUUGAUUGUCCAUGAAUCAAAUUUGCUCAAGGGUGUCCACCAGGAAGUUGUGGACAUUAAAGAUGAACUGGAGAGCAUCCAGAGUUUUCUCAAAGAUGUCGAUAAAGGAGACCUCCAAGCUGGCGUCAAAAUGUGGGUAAAACAAGUGAGAGAAGCAGCUUAUCAUAUAGAAGAUGUAAUAGAUGAAUACGUUCUUCACAUGGCACAACGUCGUUAUCAGCAAAGUUUUCUUGCUUUCCUCAAUAAAAUUGGCCGCUUAUUGAAAUACAUAAAGCCGCGCCAUGACAUAGCCACCAAGAUUCAAGAUAUCAAAAUAUUGGUUCGUGAAAUCAAGGAACGAAGUGAAAGAUAUGGUUUUAGUUCCUCAGAGCAAGGAUCAAGUAAUAAUGCAGCAAAUGUUGCAUGUCAUGACCCUCGAGUGGGUGCACUUUUCAUUGAAGAAGAUGAAGUUGUGGGGAUUGAGUCAACCAAGGAUGAACUCAUAAGUUGGUUGGUGGGGGAAGCAUCUAAACACUCUGUGAUGUCGGUGGUUGGCAUGGGCGGAAUUGGUAACACAACUCUUGCUAAGAAAGUGUACGAGAAUGAAUCAGUGAAGGGACAUUUUGACUGUCGUGUUUGGAUCACUGUGUCUCAAUCAUACAACGUGCAGAAGAUACUCAUGUCCAUGAUAGACCAAAUCUACCAAGCAAAAGAAACUGCUCUCGAGCAAAUAGACAUGACAGACGAGAUCACACUCAUUACCCAGCUGAGGAAAUUUUACAACAAAAGAGCGAUUUGUAGGUUGUUCAGAGAAAAAUGCGGCUUUAAGUAUCAGAGCAUAGGUUUUGAAUCACCUGAAAUUUUUUCGGCGCCGCCUGUGUUAUCCGGCACAACCAUCCCUCUGUCCCUCACGGUUUUCUAUCUUCUCCUCGAAUUUUUCAGCGGAUCACUAUACCGCCUGAAAGCCCGGAAGCCAACCGUCACAAAGCCGCCGCACAUAGUCACAUCGGAGCUCCCACGCGCUCUCACGCGCCGCCCAAAGAUGGCACAAAAUGAGAUUCUUCAUCAUGUUCAGACUGUAUUGGAUGGAACAAACUAUAUGUUGUGGUCUCAAUCUAUGCGCAGCUUUCUUAAAGACCGCAAGCCUUGGCUUUAUGCAACUGGGGAGAUCCAAAAGCCAGUUAAAAGGGAUUCUGAGGCAGAUGAGGCUUUUACCACUCGUCUUAUUGAUUGGGAUAGCAAACAUCAUCAGAUUCUUACAUGGUUCCGUAAUACCACUAUCCCAUCUAUUUCUACACUCUUUGGCAACUUUGAUGAAGAAUCUGGUCAAAGUAUAAAUGAUUUUCUUGCCCGCAUGCAAUUCUUAUGGAACCAAAUUGAUGUUUAUGAUCCUAUUUGGAAGGAUCCCACUGAUGCUGAAAUGCAUGUUGCCCGUAGAGAUCAACAUCGCCUUCACCAAUUUUUGAUGGCCUUGCAUGAUGAUUUUGAGCCUGUUCGUGUGCAACUAUUACAUCGUUCUCCUCUUCCCACUUUGGACACUGCCAUCUUUGAACUUGUCCAUGCCGAGACUAGAUCGUAG